AUGGAUGAUCAAGCAUUAAAACAACUUGCUAUACAAAAAGAAAAAGAAUGGUUAGCUGUUAUGCAAGAACGACUUGUUACAUUAGAAGCAACUGUUGAAAAUAAAGAUCAACAAUUAGCUGAAUUAAAUCAAAAAUAUAAUCGUUUAUCAGAAGAUUUUAAAUAUAAUUUAAAAUUAAUUGAUGAUCGUGAUAAAGAACUUGCAACAUUUGAUAAUCGUUUUAAAGAAUUAAAAAAAGUUUUAAAUGAAAAAAAUAGUGAUAUAUCAGAAUUAAAAAUUGUUAAUGAUCAAUUAUAUACAUUGAAAAAACAAAUUGAAUUACAAAUUGAUGAAGAAAAAAAACAUUUUCUACAUCGUUUAUCAAUUAAAGAAAAAGAUUUAUCAACAUAUAAACAACAAUGUGAUCAAAUACUUCAAACUGAACGUGAACAAUUAGAACAAGAACGUCGAACAAUUAAUCGGCGUCUUACAGAACUUGAAAAUGAUUUAGAAAGACAACGACGAGAAUUAACAAAUGAAUUUGAAACACAAACAAAAAAACUUGAAUAUGAUUGGAAACGUCGAUAUGAUGAUGUUAAUAAUUUACAACUAGCGAGUGAACUAAAAAGUAAAUUAUUAACAGAAGAAAUCGAACAACAUACACAAACAAUUCGUAAUGUGGAAUUAAAUAAAAAUGAAUUAAUAGAACGAAAUAAAACACUUGAAAAAUUAGUUAAAGAACUUGAAUGGCAAUUACAUGAACAAGAAGCAAUAAAAAAUGCCAGGAUUAAAGAAUUAGAAAUGAAAUCCAGUAAUGUCGAUGGAAGACUUCAAGAACGUGAAGAUGAUUACAGUCGAAAAUAUAGUGAACUUGAUCGGUUAUUACGUGAAAAAGAUAUAAAAAUUGAACAAUUAAAACAAAGUUAUCAAGAAAUUGAAACUAAAUAUGAAAGUUUAAAUGAUCAAUGUUUUCAAUUACGACAACAACAAAAUGAAAAACAACGUGAACAUGAACACCUUAUUCGAGAAAAAGAUGUUUCUCUAUCUACUUUACAAGAUGAAAUAAAUCGAAUAAAAAAAGAAUGGAAUUAUCAAUUAACACAAAUUAGUAAAGAACAUGCUAAUGAAAAUAUUGAACAUCGUGCUAUACAAGAUGAAUGUGAUACAUUAAAAGGUGAAAUAAAAAUAAAAGAUAAUCAUAUAAAUCGUUAUAAAAAAGAACUUGAAGAUGCAUUAGAUCGCGAACGUGCAUUAGAAGAAGCUAAAGCACAAUUAGAUCUUGAUUGGCAAAAAAAAUUUGAUCAAAAUCAAAGACAAGAAUAUCAUAAAUCAGAAGAUCUUAUUGAAAAAAUAUCAAGUGCACAUGAACAGUCAAUUGCACAAGUUAAAAAAUUAGAAAAUGAUAUUCGGUUUAAAGAUGAUUUAUUAAAAGCUUAUACCAAUCAAUAUAAAACAGAUGGUGGUGAUGGUGAUGUAUUAGUUGUAUUACAACGUGAAAAUGAAAAUCUUCGUUCAGUUAUUUCACAAAUGCGACAACAAAUGGAAUCACUUGUAAGUGAUUUACCUGGUCAGCCAACAUCAGGACAACCAAGUUUAGUUAAUGAAUUACAAAGUGAAAAUCAAACAUUACGUCAACAAAAUCGUGAUUUAAUUUCUCGACUUGAUUCUCGACAUUCAAAUGUUGAUGUUGAUCAUACAGCUGUUAAUAAUGAAUUGAAAAAAAAUCCACAAUUAAACAGUUAUGUACAAUCAUUAAAUAAUACAAUCGCAUCUCUACGUACGGAAAAAAUGCAACUUGUAUCACAAGUACGAAAAUUAGAAGGUCGUCUUAUUCAAAUCGAAAAAAAUCAUGAUAAUUUUCAACGAGAACUUCGACAAAGACAAUCACGUAUUGAUCAAUUAACAUAUCAAGCGAAUGCUGAUGAUCGUCGUCAUCAAACAGAAUUGACGAGUAUGAAACAAAAACUAAGUGAUAUGGAAGUACAUUUACUCGAAACAAGACGUGAAGCAGAUGAAUAUCAAAAAUCAGUUAUUGAACGAAAUGCUGAUGUUGCGGAACUUGAACGAAAGUUAAGUGAAGCAAAAUUAGAACUUGCUGGUCGUACUCCACUUUUUAAUUAUGGUGGUCAAGAAAUUCUUAUUCAACAACUUCAAGAUGAAAUUGAACGAUUAACAAAAAAAUAUUCUGAAAUACGACCUAAACUAAAUAAUAAUGGUGAUUCAAAUGAUGAUGGUAUCAAUGUAACACAAGUUCUUUUACAACAAGAAAAUGAACAAUUAAAACGACGAAUAGAACAAUCAAAUACUCGUAUACAAACAUUAAUUCGUGAUAAAGAACGUUUAUUAGAAAUUAGUAAUCAUUUACGAGCACAAUUAAAUCGACAUGAAGAUGAACCAGUACUACUUAAACGUCCUCCACAAGUUGUUGUUGAUACAAUACCAACAAAUAUACGUUCGAAUAUUUCAAAUUCACCUAAAAAGGAUUAUGUUAACCUUGAAAAUAAACUUCAACGACUUGAACAACUUCAAUAUGCUUUGACAAAACAAGAGUUAGAAAAUCGAAAACGUGCACAUCAGGUAGCUAAUGAUUUGCAACAGCAGCGACCAGUAACUGCACCUGAAAAGGCUGAAAAUCCCUUGAUGAAUAGUGAUAAUACAGUAACAACAAUAGCUUCAGAAAAUAUUCGUGAUUUAUGGAAAGUACUUGAUAAUACACCUGGCAAAGGACCUUCGAUAGCAAAAUCAUCAACUAUAAACGUAAAUGCACAACGAAAAGCGCUUACAUCACGUACAACACGAACUUCUAAUCAGAAUCAAUCAAUAACGAGUCGAGGUGGAGGACGAGGAGGAGGAAGUAGUGCUCGUUCAAAAGUUCGUAAUUGGAAUACUCGUGAUGAUUAA